AGUCGCGUGAUCCCGGAAGUGGCCGGCCGGGCGCGCGCGGGUGGGGCGGCGACGUUCGUCAUUCCGUGCGGGAGGGAGCGCGAGAGCGGCGCGGUCGAGGCUCCGGUGUCCCAGACCCCGCUAGAAGAGAGCAUGGCUGAGCAGGAGCCCACAGCCGAGCAGCUGGCACAGAUUGCAGCUGAGAACGAGGAGGACGAGCACUCGGUCAACUACAAGCCCCCAGCCCAGAAGAGCAUCCAGGAGAUCCAGGAGCUGGACAAGGACGACGAGAGUUUGCGCAAGUACAAGGAGGCCCUGUUGGGCCGCGUGGCCGUGUCUGCUGACCCCAACGUCCCCAAUGUCGUGGUGACCCGCCUGACCCUGGUGUGUAGCACUGCCCCAGGGCCUCUAGAGCUGGACCUGACAGGUGAUCUGGAGAGUUUCAAGAAGCAAUCCUUUGUGCUGAAGGAGGGUGUGGAAUACCGGAUAAAGAUCUCUUUCCGGGUGAACCGAGAGAUCGUGUCAGGCAUGAAGUACAUCCAGCACACGUACAGGAAGGGGGUCAAGAUCGACAAGACCGAUUACAUGGUGGGGAGCUACGGGCCCCGGGCGGAGGAGUAUGAGUUCCUGACGCCCAUGGAGGAGGCGCCCAAGGGCAUGCUGGCUCGAGGCAGCUACAGCAUCAAGUCGCGCUUCACAGACGACGACAGGACCGACCACCUGUCCUGGGAGUGGAACCUCACCAUCAAGAAGGAGUGGAAGGACUGAGCUGCGGCCGGAGGGAGGCGGGCAGGGCGGCCGAGGUCGAGGACGUGCCACCCCCACCCCCACCCCCACCCCCCGGACCCCAGACCAAAGUGCCGCCAGGGCCACCCACACUGCCGCCUCUCCCCGUCUGCCUCCUGGCCGCCCGCCCCUCCACCCUUCCAGCCCGCAGACCCAGCCGCCUCGGUGGUCUCGUGUCGUUGCUGCUUCCGCCUGUGCUGGGGGGGGGGGUGGGCUCCUCCCAGGCCUUGUCUCCCCUUCCGUGUCCUCGAAGUCCCCACCAUCCUGACCCGACCCGAGGCCCUGGCUUCCCCCAGGAGAGUCGGGCAUCGCGUGGGAGCUCUGGGUGCCCGGGUCCCUGGGCCUCCAGUCGCCCUGGCUCCGUCCGUGGCCCCCUUCCCGGCAGGGGCGGGCUGUACCGCGUAGGGCCUGGCGGGGCCGGUUGUCCUUCCGCUUUCACUUCUCCCCGGUCAGUCCAUCCACCGCUGUCAGUGACCGUCUAACCAUGAUGCCUUAACAUGUGAACGCGUGCUGGGGGGGCGGCCCUAACCUCUAACCCCGUGUCUGCAUGAGCAUGUGGUCUCCCCCGGUCCCUGCCCUGUCCGCGCUCCCUGUGGCCCGGGGAGGUGUGUGGGGUGUGCUGCUCCCCAGUCUGCCCGGGCCUGGCCAGCCCCCCUUCCCCGGCCAGCGCUGUGGGACGGCUCCUGGGGCUCGGGAAAGCCAAGUUGCCAAAACGCCAGUGGCUUCCACUCCCAUCUGGGAGGCUGGGUGUCCCCCCGCCUCUGCCUUCUCUGGCCCGUGGGCAGUGCCUGGAGCCCAGGCCCCGGCAGAGGGCCCUUGGCCGACGGAGCCAGUGGCCAAGCCUUACUUGUCCCACCUGGGCCUGCCGGCCUCGAGUCGCCUACCUGGCCUGUCAGUAUUUCUUGCCUCCGUACGUGCCGUCCUCUGGGCCCACUGGCCUGCCGCCUUGCCCCCAGGCUCGGUGCCACCAUCCCCAGCCAGGCCCUUCCCGGACCCAGCCAGGACAACUGUGGGACCAAGCUUGCACAGCUGGAGCCGUCCCCUCUGCCGCCCCCAAGCCCCCUCCCUGGUCAGGCCCCUGGCCUAGAACGCACAGGAGCCUGUCCCUGCUUCUCCUUUUCUGACCGGGAAAUAAACUCCCCCUAAGGA